CAAUGGUAUUCACGCCUCUCUCCUGAACUUGACUCUCAAAGAUCCUUCAUGUAACUUAAGGCUACAGAAUGGAAGAAUUAAAGACCAAAGGCUUGUGGAACAACUUGGCAUUCAAACACCUAACAGAAGAGAGAUACAGGAUGCAGAGCAAGGCCCUGGGAAUCUGCCUGAUAAUUGAUUGCAUCGGCACUAACAUAGAGGGUCUUCAAAACACCUUCACUUCUCUGGGCUUUAAAGUGCAGCCCUUCAAGUAUCUCCGUAUGUGUGACAUCAUCAGCGAACUUGACAAAGCUGCCAGGGAACCCAAGCAUCAAGACUAUGACAGCUUUGUGUGUAUCCUAGUGAGCCGAGGAAGUGCCCAGAGUGUAUUCGGUGUGGACAAGUUUGAAUCGGGCUUUCCCUUGCACAACAUCCGGAAGAUGUUCAUGGGGGACUCGUGCCCUUAUCUCGUAGGGAAGCCUAAGCUUUUCUUCCUCCAGAACUAUGUGGUGUCAGAGAGCCUGCUGGAGGUGGAUGGACCGGCUGUGAAAACUUCCGAACCCAAGAUGCCACACCUGGGACCCUCCACCAUUCACCGUGAAGCCGACUUCUUCUGGAGCCUGUGCACGGCGGAUGUGUCCCUGCUGGAGCAGGUGCCCAGCUCACCUUCCCUAUACUUGCAGGUCCUCUCCCAGAAGUUGGGACAAGAAAGAAAACGCCCACUCCUGGACCUCCAUGUUGAACUCAACAGCAAAGUGUGUGAUUGGAACAGUCAAGUUCCUGCUAAGAAGAAGUACCAUGUCUUGCUGCAGCAUACUCUGCGAAAACAACUCAUCCUUUCUUAACCAAAAAACAAUUCAAA